UGAGACAGAAGGCUGCAGCAUGCCACUUUCACUGGAUAUUUUCAGAAGCUUAUUGAUUUCUGUUUAGAAAAGCAACAACUUACUGACAUUGGCUCACAAGCUCAUCACAGUUAUAAUGCUAACAAUCUCAGCAUCAGCAGGUUUUGUUUAAACGAUCAGCUUCAGUAGCAAUUCUUACACUAUUCUGCAUACUGUUCAUAUAUUACCAAGAGGAUCAACCAUAAAUGGCUUGCAUACAGAAUGCUUUUGAUCUUCAGAUAAGGAAAAGCAAAAAUUAAGGACAUGAUACCAAAGAAAAUCCCCUAACAACUGCAGCAGAAAUUCCAAGACCCCAUCACCGAUGAUAUGCAUGUCACUAACUGCAGUAUGCAACCUGAAUUUCAAUUCAUAGAAUGACAAUCAAAAGGGGUCACAUAAAUGGUCCAGCUUAUUUGAAAUCAUAUGGAACAGUCUAACAUCAUGAAGCAACCCACAACAAUUUGAAUGUUUUUAUCGUCUAAUUUGAUCUUGAUAAGACAUUAAGAAUAUGAAAUACUCUUUGUAUUCAUUGCCGCUUUAUUACAUUAUGGAAAGCUACUUCCUUAAGGAGGUAUUAAAUAAACCAAAAAAAUGCAAGAAUAGAAUUUGCAAGCCAGCAAUGUAAACAGCUUAUUUAAAUUUCCUGUAACCUACCUUAGGCUUUAUACUACGGAAGAUUAAUUUUGCAUCCCAAUUAUUCAAGCUACUUUCAAAUCUCAUUAGAGGAAAAAAAUUCAUAUUCAGCAAUUAAAGAAUUUCAACGAGUGCAACAACUGUUAUUACUGGAAAUAUAUGGCUUGUAUUUACUAAAUAGCAUAGUUUGGGACUUAUCAGUAAUGUUAAACAUGACCGAAAUUUAAAAGGAAACUACAAAAAGGUGCUGGAAUCUGGCAGAAAUGGAAUGUAUGUGCAAUAUCAGUGGUGAAAGCCCAGCUUAUAUUUCUUCAAUGGCCAGAGCACCAAUACCUUGGCAUUUAUUCUAGUAACUGCAAAGAAUAGUAGUACAAAUUUUUCACAACAUGAAAUAGGAGUCACAAACUCAAAUGGUUGCCACGUAGGGGAAUACAAAUAGUUAGGUUUCGGAGUCUAUUCCAAUGUCAAAUGAAGUAUCCUAAUUGCUUAUCAGACUCUUGAAAUCAACUUGAAUAUGGCAGGUGCUUUAGAAGCUAAAGAAAAUUCUGGAGAAAAGGAUUGAUCAAAAUCCAUUACCUACAAAGAAUGUGUUUUCACCUAAUUUUACAAGUCACCAUGCAGUCAGAAAUCAACUUAACAGUUCAAGAUGAGGUACAUGAUAUCAACGACAAUGCAUUUCGGACUCUUCCUUACCCAGCAAGUUUUCAGGCAUCUCUUACUGGAUUGUUCAUACUAGAAAUUGUAUUAGGACUCAGCAGUAACUUGACAGUAUUGCUACUUUACUGUAUGAAGUCAAACUUGAUUAAUUCAGUCAGUAAUAUAAUCACAAUGAACUUGCACAUACUGGAUGUUGUUAUAUGUGUUGGAUGCAUUCCUCUUACAAUAAUUGUCACUCUCGUUUCACUAGAAAGCAAAACAGCUUUGAUCUGCAAUUUUCAUGAAGCCUGUAUUUCUUUUGCUAGUGUAGCAACUGCAGUAAAUGUUUUAGCAAUCACACUGGAUCGUUAUGACAUUUCAGUCAAGCCAGCUAAUCGGAUUUUGACCAUGGGAAGAGCAAUAACUUUACUAACAUUAGUGUGGAUUGUGUCCUUUUGUGCUUUUACAAUUCCUUUUAUAGAAGUCAAUUUUGUUAGUCUACAAAGUAACGAAAACACCUGGCAAAAUAAUACACACUUUUGCAUUGGUGUAAAUGUCUACCACAAUGAACUGGGAAUAUAUUAUCACCUUCUAAUUCAGAUUCCCAUCUUUAUUUUCACUGCUGUUGUAAUGUUGAUAACGUAUAGUAAAAUACUUCAAGCUUUGAACAUCAAAAUAGGCUCACGAUUUUCAACUAGACAGAAAACAGCAAAAGGGAAAAAGACCAUGCCACUAACAAUACAACAUGAAACUACUGACCAACCAGACAGUAACAGAGGACACAAUGUAAUACUGGGAGUAAGAACUUCUGUCUCAGUAAUAAUUGCCCUAAGAAGAGCUGUUAGACGUCAUCGUGAAAGGCGGGAACGACAAAAAAGGGUUUUCCGAAUGUCCCUUUUAAUUAUUUCAACUUUUCUUAUUUGCUGGACACCUAUAUCGAUUUUUAAUAUUGUCAUACUAUAUAAAGGUCUAGAUGAUGUAAUGGUAAAAUUAAGACUGUGCUUUCUGAUCAUGGCUUACGGAACAACUGUAUUCCAUCCUCUUCUAUAUGCAUUUGCAAGGCAAAAAUUUCAAAACGUACUCAAAACCAAAAUGAAGAAAAAAGUGGUCUCAAUUAUUGAGGCUGAUGGCAACCACAACAACCCAGUAAUCCGCAGCUCCUGGUCAAAUCACAAAAGAAACAAAAGGUAAUUUUCAAUAAAAUAUCAAAUUUAGACACAAACGUCAACAGAUUGGAAGUAAUUUAUAUGGGUAUAAGACUCAUCACCAAAUACUGGAGAGAAAAAAAAAUGACAGCUCAUUUAAAAUUCAUAAAUUAGUCAAAAGAUAAGUUUCCGCUGAUGUGAGUAGAUUAUUGGCCAAAGAUUUGCAGCUUAGGUUGUGGACGAGGAUGUAGCCAUGCUAGCCAAGCCGGGGGGUUAGGUUACAAACCUUUUGUCACCCUUGUUGGUAACAGCAUCAGUGCACCUCCGGUGAAGCAUCGGCGUUCUGUACUGCUCGUUAUGUCCAUGCCUCAGUUUGUUGGGGUGUUUGGUACCACUUCCGGUUCUGUUUCUCAGUGGUGUGAACAUAGCGUCUAAUUCAAUGGUGUUUGUUAAUAGAAUUUCAGUUAGAUUACCAGGCCUCCAGGAAUUCCCUGGCAUGUCUCUGUUUGGCUUGUGCGGUUGUGGAUUUGUUGUCCCAGUCAAAUUUGUGUCCCUUGUCUGAGUGUAGUGAGACUAGUGAGAAUUGGUCGUGUGUCUUGGUGGCUAGUUGGUGUUCAUGUAUCCACUGGUUUGGCCUAUGUAGUUUUUCCUCACAGUCCUUGCAUGGUAUUUUGUAUGUUACACUGGUUUUGCUGCUUUUGAGUAAUGGGAUCCUUCACGUUCGUCAAUCGUCAUUCUAACGUACAUCAACAUUCUAACCUGAACUCCAUUAAUAAACACCAUUAAAUUAGACCUU